AUGUCGUCGACCAAGCUUGAAUGGUUCAUCGCCGAGGGCGACAACUUCAACUGGUCGACCCAGCCGUUUGCCACCACAAUGAAGAGCAUGAUUGACACAGGGCUCCACGAAUGGGGCUUUGUCAUCUAUCGCUGCGUCUAUGGCGACGAUGAGGCAUGGCAGCGGUACAUGAAGUACUUCGAGGAAGAUAUCAUCGAGGGUCUGGAGCACCAUGGUGGUGACGUAGUGUUACCGCAGUACGCCAGAUGGACAGUCAUAGAAGACCAGGAGACUCUCGACAGCGCGAGUAUUGACACGGUUCGCGACAUGUUUGUUGAAUGGCGCAACAAACACCAAGUGGAACUCGAGGAGCGCUGGAUCAACCGGAUCAUUCCCCCUUUGCUGAGGGAUGCGCCUAACCGGCUACCUCGCUUCACGUAUUGCCUCUAUGUCGACCAAAAGUGUCUCAACACCGUCACAGCGUUCGCAGAAAAGUUUCCAAAGCCGUCUUUCCUCGCGCCAAUUCCGCCUCCUCUCGUUGCGGUGUUGGUCGAUAGCGACUUCAAUGAGAGCCUGUACGUGGGCGGUGGGUACCGCGCUGCCCCGGACGAGCGAGGUCAGUUUCCUGCCAUCGAUGGACGCACAUGCAAAUACAUCGGUUGGGCUUAUGUGGAUGUGAAUGGGCUGGGUAGUUGGUACGAUGAGCUGCAUCGUCUCCGUCUGGACGAUGCGAUGAGCUACCGGCGGCCGCCCAAGAUCAUGCCGCUAGGGUUUGAGGCGUUGACUGACAACGGCAUCCAAAGAGUCUGA